CUGCCCACUGCUUCUCACUCAUCCCACUAAACCUACAACUCCACACCUUAUAAACUCUCUCUUUCCAUUCCAAGACCUGAUAAGAUCACAAACUAUUUAUCUCCACAUUCCCACUUUCAGUUCACCAACGUUCUCAUCGUUCUUUCACUCCUUUUCUCAUUAAUUAAACCUCACCAAUGCUUAAGCUCCUUGAUUGUUCCCUCAGGAUCUUUUCCAUUCCUCUUAGUGUUGCAACCAUUUGGUUAACUGUGACUAACCAGCAGGACAACCCCAGUUAUGGGAAACUAGAGUUCAGCAAUCUGACAGGACUCAAAUUCAUGGUCUGCAUCAGUGCUAUAUGUGGUGCGUAUGCAUUUUUUGCUGCUGUUUCCUCAUGGUUCAAAUUCUUUGUUUCAAAAGCUUGGAUUUUCUUUGCCUCUGAUCAGAUUGUGGCCUACUUGAUGGUGACAUCAGUGGCUGCAGUGUUAGAGAUACUGCGGUUAACUUACAAUGGUGAUCAGGAAGUUACAUGGAGUGAAGCCUGCAGCUCAUAUGGGAAAUUUUGCAAUAAAAUGAAGAUAGCUCUUGUUCUCCAUGCCUUGGCUCUUAUAUGUUUCAUCAUUUUAGCAGUAAUCUCAGCUUAUAGAUUCUUCAGCCUGUUUGAACCUCCUUCUGUUUCUUCUUCCAAGGAGGUUGAAGAACAAAGGAACUAAUCCAUAGCUUUUCCUUCAAACAGCUUUAUGAGUUCCAUGGUGAAUGAUUGAGCUCUUAUACUUUAGACAUUUGAAUAAAUAAUACUUCACACAAGUCUAUGCUUCUGUUUUGAACAAAUUGAUCCUCUCGUAAAGAUCUAUGCAACAAUACCAGCUACUGUAUGUAAAUUGUAAACUGGGGAAAUUGAUGAAACCCUUUACAUAAAAGACAAGCUUGAAUAGAUAUAUCAAGAGUUCAUACAAGAGCAAGCUUUAUCAGAAGUAAGAACUUUCACACACCUCAGAAGAGAUUGCUUUGUCAUGGUACUAAAUCAUUGGUAAUAUGUCAUUAUAAAACUGUAGAUAAAAUGAAAAAGAAUACAUGCU